AACAGGCCGCUCGUCCCUGACUCUGGUCUGAAGAGAGGAAAAGGCAGCUUGCGAAAUGAUCGAUUUAGGACGAUGGAGAGCAGAUCCCACCUUCUCCCCCAAGCAAACCGUCAGGCCAGGCGCGCUUUGCGUCCUGGCGGGGCGGCUAGCCUCGGAGCCCAUUUGCCUUUGGCCGAACAGGAGGAGGAGGCGGCUGAGGCAGCGGUAGCGGCUGCAGAAGCUGUCCUAGGUCACGUGGCGCCGGCGCAGAGGAGCAGCUUUUCUCCCUCCUGCGAUCUCCGACUGCCGCUGCCUUCGCUCGGCUCCUGGGGAUGCUUCCCCAGGCACGGCUCUGGCAGCGGAGUUGGGUGGAAGCCGCCACGUCCUGCGUCGCCUCGCCCUUGCCUUGCCGCGAGGCUCAGGUGACUCUUCUGCCUGGCGGCGAUGUAAGGGAACCCCGGUGCUCGCUCGCUUGCUUGCUUGGAGAAACCAGCUUCACCUGCCGGGGCUGAAGUAGAAUUAAAAAAAAAAAAAAAAAAAGCACCUCCCCUCCCCGGCUCUAGGCAGGGGGUUCAAGGCGCGCAAGGGCGCCCUGGCACGAGCGGUGCCACUUUCUUUCGGAAAGCAAUGGAAAAUCCGGAAGUGCUUGUAAGCAGCUGCAAUAACCAGGAUGAUGAAAACUUAUACAGUGCAAAGCAUCAUCCAUCAAUGUGCCGGCUUCUGGAAGAUCAGUUGAGAAGGAAACUUAAAUUUUUCUUUAUGAAUCCCUGUGAAAAAUUCUGGGCCCGAGGGAGGAAACCAUGGAAGCUUGGCAUACAAAUUCUGAAAAUAGCCAUGGUUACUAUCCAGCUUGUAGUUUUUGGGCUAAGUAAUCAAAUGGUGGUUGCAUUUAAAGAAGAAAACACGGCAUCCUUUAAGCAUCUAUUCCUGAAAGGUUAUAUGGACAGCAUGGAUGACACCUACGCAGUGUACACACAAGCUGAGGUCUAUGACCAGAUCUCCUUCACAAUAAACCAGUUCUUACAGCUGCGUACUAUUUCUGUUGGGAAUCAUGCCUAUGAAAAGAGAGGAACCGAAGAGACACCCAUGGCAAUAUGUCAGUACUUCUACAAGAGAGGAAUUAUCAGCCCUGGAAAUGACACUUUCGAUAUUGACCCAGAAAUUGAAACUGAGUGUCUUUAUGUGGAGCCAAUACUACCUCUGGAAAAUAGUACACUGAGAAAGAUCCCUUUCAAUUUCACUUUAGACUUCCAUAGACUUGUGACUCUGACACUCAUGUUCAAAUUGAAGGCCAUUAAUCUCCAGACCAUUCGUCAGCAUGAACUCCCAGACUGCUACGAUUUCACGCUAACAAUAGUAUUUGAUAACAAAGCUCAUAGUGGAAGAAUUAAAAUAAGCCUAGACAAUGAUAUUGCCAUCAAGGAAUGUAAAGACUGGCAUGUUUCUGGAUCAAUACAGAAGAAUACCCACUACAUGAUGAUCUUUGAUGGUUUUGUCAUACUGACAUGUCUUGCAUCACUGGUUCUCUGCACACGAUCUGUAAUUAAAGGAAUUCAUCUACAAAGGGAAUUUGUGACUUUUUUCCAACAUCACUAUAAGAAAGAAGUAUCUUUCUCUGAUCUGAUGGAAUUUGUCAAUGGAUGGUAUAUCAUGAUCAUAAUUAGCGACCUUCUUACCAUAAUUGGUUCUACAUUAAAGAUGGAGAUACAAGCUAAGAGUCUGACAAGCUAUGAUGUCUGCAGUAUCCUCUUAGGAACUUCCACCAUGCUUGUGUGGCUUGGAGUGAUCCGCUACCUCAGCUUCUUUCAGAAGUAUAAUCUGCUUAUUUUGACUCUCCGUGCAGCAUUGCCCAAUGUCAUUCGAUUUUGCUGCUGUGCAGCUAUGAUUUAUCUGGGUUAUUGCUUCUGUGGCUGGAUUGUGCUGGGCCCAUAUCAUGCUAAGUUCCAUACCUUGAAUAUGGUUUCUGAGUGUCUUUUCUCUUUGAUAAAUGGAGAUGACAUGUUUGCUACUUUUGCAAAAAUGCAACAGAAAAGCUACCUGGUAUGGCUAUUCAGUCGGAUCUACCUCUACUCUUUCAUUAGCCUCUUUAUCUACAUGGUUCUCAGUCUCUUCAUUGCCCUAAUUACAGAUACGUAUGAAACAGUUAAGCAUUACCAGCGUGAAGGCUUUCCAGAGACAGAGCUUCAUUCAUUCAUAGCCCAGUGCAAAGAUCUGCCAAACUCUGGAAGAUACAGAUUAGAAGAAGAGAGUCCUAUAAAUAUCUUCUGCUGUUGUAAAAGGUCUUAAUAAAAAUAUUGGCAAUAAUUGCUGAAAUUAGUUGGAGAUUCCCAAGCUGCACAAUCAUCACAGAUUCACUGAGAAACAAUCAAAGAGGAAAUUCUAAUAUAAGGGGCACAAAAUUGUCAAGAAUGUUUUUGGAAUAGGUGCUGGUAAUCAUAUUAAUUCUGAUUUAUAAAUUGAGUCCUAAUUACCAUAUAAUAGACAGCUUAAAAUUGCUAUGAAAAUUAGUGGAAAACUAAAAUUAUAUUAUGAUGUACUAGCAUUACUCUUACUGUGAUUAUGUUACAGGUAUAAUGUAUGAAUAACUGUCUACAUGAAUUAAUCACACAAAUUUUUUCCAGUUUUCUAUAAGCAUUUGUAGAUCACCUGAAAAGUAAAAGAGAGGAAAUGAUCUCAGUAUCAUCUCUCUAUGUGAUUUGACACAGGUCACUAAAGGACUUUUGACUCCCAGUUGUUUAUAAAAUACCACAGAAAAUAAAACUAUAAAAAUGAUUCAUACCCUCUUUCCUUGCACACUACUGAAUUGAAGAAGAUUGAUAGUGGAGAACCAAGAGUGGAUUUUGGUUCCCCAUCAAAUUACAUUUUGUUCCACAACUUGAUAACUUUUAGACUUAGAGUUUUCAAGUUUAGUUAUUUGUUGAAUUUGUGAAUCUGUUAGUUCUUCAGCCAACAUAAAGAUAGUUGGCCUCGCUCUUUAUUCUAAUUAUUCUAUGGAAGAAUUCCUAUUUUGUACUUAAACAGCCUCUUAUCCAUUGCUUUCAUGUUUAAGGCAGGACUAGAAUUCACAGGGGUUUGAUUUCUAGCCUGGUGCCUUAACCACUGUUAAUGCCCUGGGUACUCUGUAUGAAAAAUGUUCUUAACUUAAUAUUUUACUACUUUAAGAAAUGCACAGACAUGGUUUAAAUAAGUCAAUUAGUGGCAAAAUGACCUUUAAAAAAGGGAAAGAUCAUACCUCCUAUCAGAAAAAG